AUGAAAGCCAUCAUCGCGUCAACAUUCAUCCUCUACUUCCUCGUCACCUUCGCCAUCCAACUCCUCGAAGUACCUACGGUACGGCUAUUCGAGAUCGCGAUAUGCGAUCGGUACUAUCGGACGACUAAUGACGGAGCACUUGCUGGCUUAUUGCUCAAAGACAUAGACGAGUCUUCGUGUAAGAUUACGGCUGUGCAGAAUGAGCUUGCGGAGAUUGCUGGGUGGAAGAUUUCUUUUGAUGCUGUGCCGGGUCUUUUGACUGCAUUAUGGUAUGGAUCAGUAGCUGAUCGAUAUGGUCAACGACUUGUUUUACUUUUAUCAUUGACCGGAAGUCUAAUGGGCUUGACAUGGAUCGUUUUUAUCUGUAAAUAUAACAUAAUCUUUACUCCUCGCUUGAUCUGGAUCUCAUCAAUCUUCCUCUUCAUCGGCGGAGGCGUCCGAGUCUUCAACUCGGUCAUAUUUUCUAUAAUCUCGGAUAGCUUGGGGCAUUCGCAGCGGACCAAGUUUCUGUAUCUGCUUGCUGCCGGUCCUCAUAUCAAUAGAUUGAUUACUCCUCGCAUAUCGACAUUCCUCAUGGGCUAUAGCAUCUACGUGCCUUUCUGGGUCGCCAUUACGAUCGACGGCAUCUGCCUACUCAUGCUACUCUCAUGGUCAUAUCAGAGCAAGAAAAAGUCGGCUUCAAUUGACAGAGAAGAAGACUUAGGAUCCACAGAUGCAGAAUCCGUGAGCGACGACUCAUCAAACGUCAACACGCCACUUCUCGGCUCCUCGCCAUCACCAUCCUCCCCAUCCUCCCCAGUAGACAACCAUAACAACGCCUCCAACAACAAUAAGGAAGAAGACCAAAAACUAUCCACGAUCCUUAACACCGCCAUCAGCCUCCUCAAACACCCUGCAUCCCGCUUCUGCUUCACAACCUACAUCCUAAAACGCAUCGCCUUCGCCAGCGAAGGAUUCAUGUUCCAAUAUGCAUCCGAAAAGUUCCUCUGGCCACUGCAUCAAACAACCUGGCUACGCGUUGGACAAGCAUCGGGCGCAAUUCUGGCGACGCUCGUGCUGUGUCCUUUGAUCAUGUCUGUGUUCUCAAAGACUGGUACUAGUGCCAGUGAUGGUGGUGCAAGAAAGAAAGCUUGUGGAAGAUUUCCAGCACACGCAAUCGAUCUGACCAUAAUCCGAUCAGCGCUUACAAUCCUCACACUUUCGUUCUUCGCGGCUUGGAAAGCGCCGUCGGCUGUGUUUCUCGUCAUCGCAAUGGCAGGCUGCGGCCUAGGCGAAGGCCUCGAACCCGCCCUCCAAGGCUUGAUAACCUACCUCGUGGACUCGGACAAGACCGUUCGCCUCUUCACAACUCUAGCGGUCUGCGAUACCAUCGCUGAGUUUGUGGGUGGUCCUGUGACUGCGCGAUUGAUGGAGAUUGGGCGGAGGCCGGGGCAUGCGUCGGAUGGGUAUUGUUUUUUGGGGUCUUCGAUAUUGUUUGCGGGACUUCUUGGGUAUUCGAUGGUUAUACGAGCUCGAAGGAGUCAGUCGUAG